CUAUCAUUCCCACUCACCUUACAGAAGCUAGAAACCCUUGCUACGCUCGGACGGAGAAGGCAUUGUUCUCUCUCUCUCUCUCUCUUUCUCAAAUAAUAAAUAAAGAGAAGCAAUUAGCUAAAUGGGAACAGCAUUGAUAGAGCUAGAUGUGGUUCUACGAUCCACAAAGGAGAAAUUGACACUUGAAGAAGAGAAUAUCCUUCGGACGUGCAAGGAAAAGUCAAUUAGGGCUUUUACAUUUGGUGCCUGUCUUGCAUCAGGUGUCGUGUGGACUGCAACACGGAGGCUUAGCUAUGGAUAUAGACUUAACCUUUCUGGAGGAGCUGCUGUUAUGUCUGGAAUGUGGAGCUGUGAUAGGGCCAUGAAUUCAUGCCUAAAUCAUAUUAUGGCAUUGGAGGGGAGUCGAAUGCAGACGGUGUUAACAUUUUUAUUAUUGACAAGGCAUCAGGAUAAUCCACGCAAACUGCAGCUUGUCAAAAACCAUUUCUAUUGUGAGAAAGUGUAUGAUGAUUCAACUCUAGAUCAGCCCAAACCGAGGUGGCGCUAUCGGAAUUUCUAUGGAGAUAAUGUUGGAGAUAAUGUUGGUCAGCAGACUCAUGAGGACAACCAUAUUCACAAGCCUGAUUUGGAGCCUGAGCAAUUAACUAGGACCUCAGCCAAUGAUGUGAUUGUGGACCCUCUAGAUUGCAUCCUUGGUUAUGCAAAACCGGGUGAUGAGAUUCAUCAUGCUGAUAGCACAGGCAAUUCACUCAGAAGAAAACAUGCCCGUGGUCACAAAAAAGCACAUCGACGGCACCGGACCCACCACUCAGAGAAUCCUUAGGCUCACACAACCCCUCCGCAAAUGGGAUGAAUAAUGAGGGUAGGAAGGAAGCAGAGGAAAAACAGGGUUUACACAUUUGCAGUUCUUACAACUGUUUGCGGAUGAGAAAAUCCAGUUUUCUUUCUGAAAUUUACUGGGCAGGUAUUGGAUAUCUGGCACUUGAAUUAAGUUGGUUUAAGGCAUGGAGGGGGAAUAGAAAGUUUUCAAUUGAAAGGCA